UUUCUACUUAGCUUGUUUCCAUCCUUAGAAAUAUAUAAUGUCGUUCACAUCUCUCAAACUCUUCCUCUUUGCUACUUUACUCGCCUCCAUUGCACAAAAUGCAAUCUCCAUACGCCAUCUCACCCCCUCCCCAUUUCAUUUUCCUAAACAUCUCCAAGGUUCUCGAAAGGGCGACACUGUAGAAGGAAUCCACAAUGUAAAGUUCUACCUCCAACAUUUCGGCUAUUUGACCAAUAUUUCAACCCAUGCCCGCAACACCUUCGACGACCCCUUGGAAUAUGCCCUCAGAACAUUCCAAAAAAACUAUCGCCUCAAUGCCACCGGCAUUCUAGAUGUUGAGACCCUGACGUUAUUGUCCACGCCUCGAUGCGGGCAUCCCAACAUCGUACACCCGAAUUACGCCCUCGUCCCCGGGAGGCCCAAAUGGCCACCCACCAAGUACCACCUCACCUACGCAUUCAUCCACAACUUCCCUCCAAACUUUGAGGCGCCGGUGCGGUGCUCUUUAGACACGUGGUCGGGUGUUAGCAAGUUCACGUUCUCGGAGACGAUUGAAGCGGCAUCCGACGUGAAAAUCAGUUUUGAGAGAGGGGACCAUGGCGAUGGGUGUCCUUUCUACAGUCCAAACUAUCUGGCGCACGCUUUCUACCCGACUGACGGGAGACUUCACUUAAACAUGGAUACGAAUUGGGUGUGGGGAUCUGUGGAUUCUGCAAGUGAUGUGCAGACGGUGUCGCUGCAUGAACUUGGACAUAUCCUUGGCCUUGCCCACAGCCUUGAUGAAGGGGCUGUAAUGUAUGCCUACAUUCCUCAUGGAGUCGUGAAGAGCGUAACCCAAGAUGAUAUUGCAGGGAUAACUGAUUUAUAUGGUAGUUAGUAGUCAUCUUAAUUUGUGCUUAUAAAUAAGGUAUUUUGCAUUUUGCAAAGGAAGUAGGGUUUUGCUGUGAGUUCUGACCUUUCGAUUAAUAUCUAGCUAGUUCAGUUGUUAGUUGACUAGUUAGACUUUAAUUUUAUUUUGCUAUGCACUGUAAAUGAGUUUGAAUAAAUAAGAUUCAUUUCUUUUUUUUUUCUUUUC